AUGAACCACUACGCCAAUGAAAAAGAUUGCAGCUCAGAGUAUGCUGGAUGUGACUCUACUAAUGGCUAACUCAUCUCAGCUAAAUACUUUUCUACACGUGGGGCCACAGCACUGAUUCUACAUACCUCUUAUAGCACUGCUGUCCAUGUCUAUUACACUAUAGGUUGUCGUGGGACUACUGCUGGUCUUUAUAGGUUAGUAAUACUCAUGCACACAUACUAAACACACAAACACGCACGCAUGCACGCACACACACUAAUGGCCAACUGUAAACAGGAAGGUGAACAUGGUGAAUAAUGCUGAGUAAUACACUGUCACUCAUUCGCACAUACUAGCACACACACACACACACACACACACACACACACACACACACACACACACACACACACACACACACACUAAUGGCUAACUGUAAACAGGAAGGUGAACAUGGUGAAUUAUGCGUUCUCUCGCGCUCGCUCUCUGUCUCUCUCUCCCUCACUCUUUCUCUUUACAGUGAAGUAUGAUUUGAAUGAUGUGAGGAAGCGUGAUGAACAAUACAGUAACAGUGUUGAUUUUCUUCACUGUCCUCGUCUUCAUCACUGUGCUCGGCUUUGAAGGUGCUGUGACAGCAUUUCCAGAACCACAAUCCUUCCCUCUGACCACUAAACAGAACCAGACCAGAGGCCUCUAG